ACAAAGAGGGCCAAAUUUAGAGAGAGAAACAGAAGGUGAGAGGAAAAAGUGAAGCAAAGAUAGGGCUCAGAGCUGCUUCAAAAACCCUUGUUUGGCCGAUUCGAUCCAAGAUUACGUCGUUGUUUUCUUGGUUUCUGUACUGGAUCUGCUUGGAGGUGUGAUCUGCGUCGACAGUGGCUUAACUAGGGUUUCCAUGAGUCCACCUGCUGAGGAGAAGAUGGAAGAUGUUAAGCCAUUAGCCGCCUCAGCCAACAGCUCACAGGGCGAACAUGGUGACCCUGCUGACUCUCGAUUCACUGAAUUCUGCAAGAACGGGUUGUCAUUGGAUGAUGAAAGUUGCAGACAAGCAACGAAGCUGUUCAGCGAAACCAAACACCUUCUACAGACCAAUGUAUCAUCUCUCGGGAAUGGAACGUAUGAAGAAGCAGAACGGUAUUGGUUUUCCUUUGUCUUGUACUGUGUCAAGAGAUUGGCUGAUAAGCAUACGGAAAGUGAGAAGGAAGUGACUGAUAGCAAUGGACUUACCUUGUGCCAGAUAUUGAGAAGGGCAAAGUUAAACAUUGUGGACUUUUUCAAAGAACUUCCUCAGUUUCUUGUUAAGGGUGGUCCGAUUUUAAGUAACUUAUAUGGCACAGAUUGGGAAAACAGGCUUGAGGCAAAGGAGUUGCAUGCAAACUUUCUUCACUUAAGCAUUCUUAGCAAGUAUUACAAACGUGCAUUCGGGGAGUUCUUCUUGGUAAAUGAUGCUACUGAAAAAAAUUCAGCUGCUUCCAGGGCUGGUGAUUAUGCAUCUCAAUAUCAUCGAUUUGGAUGGUUGGUUUUUUUGGCUCUUCGAGUCCAUGCUUUCAGCCGAUUUAAAGACUUGGUGACUUGCACCAAUGGUUUAGUUUCUAUACUGGCUAUCUUGAUUAUUCAUAUUCCUGCUCGCUUCAGAAAUUUUGACAUUCAUGAUGCGUCACGCUUUGUUAAGAAGAGUAGCAAAGGUGUGGACAUCAUAGCAUCACUUUGCAACAUGUAUGACACUUCAGAAGAUGAUGUGAGAAAAACUAUGGAGAAAGCCAAUAAUUUAAUUGCAGAUAUAUUGAAGAAGAAGCCUUGUCUAGCAUCUGAAUGCGAAACUGCAACACUUGAGAGUAUUGACAAAGAUGGUUUGUUCUACUUUAAUGAUCUUAUGGAAGAAUCAUCUCUACCAUCUUGUUUAAAUAUCUUAGAAAAGGAUUAUGAUGAUGCCAUUCGUAACAAAGGUGAGCUGGAUGAGAGGUUAUUUAUCAAUGAGGAGGACAGCUUAUUAGCUUCAGGAAGCUUGUCUGGAGGUUCAAUGUCAGCAAGUGGUGUCAAGAGGAAAUUUGAUUCAUUGGCGUCACCUACAAAGACGAUUACAAGCCCACUCUCUCCCCAAUGCUCUCCUGCAUCUCAUCAUGCAAAUGGCAUUCCAAUUAGCACAACUUCAAAGAUGGCUGCCACUCCUGUAACCACUGCUAUGACUACUGCUAAGUGGCUUCGUACUGUCAUAUGUCCACUUCCAUCAAAGCCUUCUCCUGAGCUGGAGAAAUUUCUGGCAUCAUGUGAUAGGGAUGUCUCAAGUGACGUAGUGCGCAGGGCACAGAUUAUAUUGCAGGCUAUAUUUCCUAGUAGUCCUUUGGGAGAGCGAUGUUUAACUGGAAGCCUUCAAAGUGCAAACCUCAUGGACAAUGUUUGGGCAGAACAACGGAGACUGGAAGCCCUGAAGUUAUAUUAUAGGGUCCUGGAGGCAAUGUGCAGAGCAGAGUCCCAAAUACUGCAUGCAACCAAUUUAACGUCAUUAUUAACUAAUGAGAGGUUCCAUAGAUGCAUGCUUGCAUGUUCUGCAGAAUUAGUGCUGGCAACACAUAAGACCGUAACAAUGUUGUUUCCUGCAGUGCUAGAAAGGACUGGAAUUACAGCUUUUGACCUUAGCAAGGUGAUAGAAAGCUUCAUAAGACAUGAAGAUUCUCUCCCAAGAGAAUUGAGGCGACAUCUGAAUUCAUUGGAAGAACGGCUUUUAGAGAGUAUGGUAUGGGAAAAGGGUUCCUCGAUGUAUAAUUCUUUGACAGUUGCCAGACCUUCCCUCUCUUCUGAAAUAACUCGUCUCGGAUUGUUAGCUGAACCAAUGCCAUCAUUAGAUGCAAUUGCAACACAUAUUAAUUUCUCUUGUGGGGGGCUACCUCCUGGGCCUUCCUUGCAGAAGCCUGAGACUUUGCCAAGUCAAAAUGGGGAUAUUAGGUCUCCUAAACGACUCUGCACAGAAUAUCGGAGUGUACUAGCAGAACGAAAUUCCUUUACCUCACCAGUGAAGGAUCGACUUCUUCCCUUCAGUAACCUUAAGUCAAAGCUACCUCCUCCUUUGCAGUCAGCUUUUGCAAGUCCAACAAGACCAAAUCCAGGGGGUGGGGGGGAGACUUGUGCAGAAACAGGGAUCAAUAUCUUUUUUGGAAAGAUUGUUAAGUUGGCAGCAGUCAGAAUAAGUGGCAUGGUUGAAAGGCUCCAAUUGUCUCAACAGAUAAGAGAGAAUGUGUACCGUCUUUUCCAACAAAUACUUAAUCAAAGGACGUCACUUUUCUUCAACCGCCAUAUUGAUCAAAUCAUUCUAUGUUGUUUCUAUGGAAUUGCAAAGAUUUCUCAACUGAACUUAACUUUUAGGGAGAUCAUUUACAAUUAUAGGAAGCAACCACAAUGCAAACCACAAGUUUUUCGCGGUGUAUUUAUUGACUGGUCAUCAACACGCCGCAAUGGGGUAUGUAAUCUGAUUGGACUCCCCCUUUGCUUUAUGAAAAGUCUGACCUUAUAUAUGAUUUUGGAACAGAGAACCGGACAGGAGCAUGUUGAUAUCAUUACAUUUUACAAUGAAAUAUUCAUUCCCUCUGUAAAAGCUCUGCUGGUUGAGCUUGGUCCUGGGGGAACAACUACAAAAGCCAACCGGAUACCUGAAGCCAACAAUAACAAUGAUGACCAUUUAGCUCAGUGUCCUGGAUCUCCUAAAAUUUCACCUUUUCCUAGCCUUCCUGAUAUGUCCCCGAAGAAAGUAUCUGCAACACACAACGUAUAUGUCUCACCAUUGCGAUCAGCCAAGAUGGAUGCCCUAAUAUCACAUAGCUCAAAAAGCUACUAUGCCUGCGUUGGGGAGAGCACUCAUGCAUAUCAGAGCCCUUCAAAAGACCUGACGGCCAUCAAUAACCGUUUGAAUGGCACCCGGAAGGUUAGGGGACCUCUCAACUUUGAUGAUGUUGAUGUUGGCUUGGUCAGUGACUCCAUGGUUGCAAACAGUCUCUAUCUGCAGAAUGGAAGCUGUGCAUCCUCAUCUGGGGCACCAGUGAAGUCUGAGCAGCCGGACAGUUGAAUGUUAACGUAGAGUAGUUAUUCCAUGUGUAUAUUCUUAUUAGUCCUUAUUCUUCAUACACUGUUGUUCAUAGCAGUGAGUUCAUGACACGGGUGGGUAUAGAAUGAGCGGUGAGAUUGUAGAAUGCCGCCACUUCCCACCUUGUGCUUUGUAUGUUAGGUAUUGGAGUGGAAAAUGUAGGCCUUUUUGUUAAUUUUAUCAAAUAAAAGUUUCUUCCUCUUGUGCAA